AUGGACGACAUCGGAGGCGGAGAUGAUACUCAUGAAACGGAUGAUCCGUUGUUUGGCAUAUUUCCAGAUAGGCGCGGUGAUGAUUAUGGUGAUAAUAAUGACACCUUUUGUGCUGUGUGCGGUGUCCCCUUGAAUGUGCUGGUAAGUGAUAGAAUCGGGAUUUUUCGAAUGACUCUUGGUCUGAUUAGAAGUCCAGCACCAAUAUUAGAAAUUGAGACAGAGAAAUUCCGUUGGUGCUUAGAUGCGGUCGCUUUUCGCCCAUCAUCACUACAACGAGGUACGGAUCGGGAGACAUCCCGCUGGCAUCCAGAUCGGAAUACCAAGACAGAACGAUUUCACGGCGAUGGAAAGCCGUUAGAGAUUCUUCUAAUUCAUGGGAAUUUCGAAUUUUAUCAAUGGCAUGCACCAGAGGGACCUAGAAUACUGAAUAACAGCCUUAUACUCUUCCCCUGGGUCGGGUUGCAUGUGAAAUGCUUUGAGCUCAUGCAGGAUGAUACUAUACUUCGAACUGGUCACAAAAGCAUCCGCGUUCCGACAAAUAUAGACCUCUUUGGGACGGUUCAGUGGCCAUGGGGAUCUCGUUAUACCGCUGAAUACGAAGCUGCUCCUUUCCCAAUUGAGGACCUAGUAUCAGAAAUAUUAUACUACCUUGAACCACUUCCCGCAGAAUCCUCUAGUAUUUCUGCUCCCACCCUGCAGUCCCAGAUGAAUCGACUUCUCAUAGAAAUUCAGCAGCAGAUAUAUCAAUACUUGCACCCAUUCAAGAAUCCACCAACUGAAUGCAGUCGCCAUCUUGCCUCUUCAACUUGGAAAGAUCUUUUACUCCAUGGAAAGCUUCUUCCCUGGUUAUGGGACUUAGAGGAACCCGAAGUGACAGUUAUAGACCGGGAUAUCCUCACGGGAUCAAUUCGAGAUUUGAGUGUCAAUAAACAAGCGGUUCAGGCAGACAUGGGUCAAUCUCCUAGCAUCGAGCUAGAUGAGGACUUAUGGGACUGGGAGCGUUUAGUUCGACAAUUGGCGCGAUAUGAUUCUUUUGAGUUGGGCGGCGUAUUAGAAUGCUUGCCAGAAGCCUUGCUGAAUCGCCGUAGGAUUUGGAGACUCCUGGAUGAGGCGCGACAGGACGAUACAAGUAGUAUGAAAUACAUACACUAUUGA